AAAAAAAAAAAAGUCACCACCCAUAAAUACUUAUGUGUUGAAUUCAAUUGCGUGAAUCUGAGGUCUCUCAUUAACUGAAAAUCGUUCAUCCGUCUCUCUCACUUUCUUCCUCCGCCCUAUGCCUUUUCACCAUUGUUUCUCGGCAUCAUUUCUUCCCCCUUUUGUCAAUCUUUAAAAAUUGAAAUAUGGUUUCCUUUCUUCUCUGUUUAGACGGCACCUUAUUUUAUCACUGCAAAAAUGGAUGUUAAAUCUUGAAUUCCUUUGACUCUUUCAAGAGAAACAUGCCUGUUUACCGAUCCUUCGUCACGUGUGACGACCCCAAAGGCGUCGCCGACUGCAAGACCGUCGCAAAAUCCAACAAAGCCCGACAAAAAAAACUCCAUAAAACAUCAACAUCAUCAAACUCAAAGGAGGAGGGCGGCUUGUGUUUUCAAGUGAUGGAGGUUUCUAGAGGCGCAGAGAGGCUCAGCAAAGCGGUGGAAAGGCCGCACACCUCCACCGACUUGCUGAGAGGCGCUCUGCAUUUGCAGCACUCCCUUGUUAUGUUUGGGAAAUUGCACAAGGAGAAGAGGCCUCUUGAUCUACUAGAUGAUAAUCUUAAGCCUCGAGUUUCUGCAUCCAGAGAUUGCUAUGAUGAGCUGAGGGAUGUAAUUAGGGAGAGCUUCGCCAGGCUGAAUUUAUUGCCCAAGGAGAAACUAGUUUGUGAUGCUGAUAGAAAGCACUCUGAGUUGUGUGUCGAUCUGCCGUCUUCUAGCUCGAGCCAGACCUCGUCUUCGCUGCUCCACUCGGGCUCCUCGGGGUCUCCCAGCAUCUGGCUCGAGAAGAAGUCAAACUUGAUUGCGAAGCUCAUGGGGUUGGAGGAAGCAAUGCCCUUAAAAGCAGGGGAUGGUGCGUUUUUGAAGGAAAGGAGAAGCCCUUUCCUUGAUAUUCAUCUGCCGAGGCCUAACAACAAGCCUCAGUUCAAGCUAGCUAGAAGAGAGACAAGAACUUUAGAAGAGAUCAUUGAGACUAUGCAGUUUAAGGGGAUUUUGGGGAGAAAGUCUUUACAUGAUUACAAGUUGCAUUCUAAUGCGUUGUUCUUGAGGAAUGAAUCGGCUGUUGAUACUCCGCCUAUCGUGAUCAUGGAGCCUCUUCGUGUUCGUGCUGAUCAGUGUACCGAUGGUGGGGAGCACCUCAAGAGUCGACAAACGCCAAGAAAGACGGGGGCAGAGCUUCCACCUAGACCAGAGUUGAAGGCAAAGAAGCCUAAUGAGAAAUCUGCAGUAGAUCAUUCUUCUAAACAGAAGCUCGAUAAGAGAACUCAAGCGAGGCCAGUAAAGAAAGCAGCACUAGAUAGCCUCUCUACGACGAGGACGAGCCAACCGAAGCCUCUUCCUCCACAAAUACAGAAGAAAGAAGUUCCCAAAAUAAGGAAACCAAAAGAUGCUAAGCCUCAAAGGUCUGAUAAAACUCAAAAUGUAACCAAACUUGCUGCAGUGAAGACUGUGAGAGGAAACAAUGUCUCUAAAAGUCUGGUUGCUAUAGGAAAGGUUGCAGCCGCAGAUAAGGGCAUGAAACCGACACCUCUUAGUCGAACUGUUCCAAAGAAGAGUCCGCGGAAAGGUGAAUCCAAUAGCAAGCCCUCACCACAUGUAGUUGAAACUAUCGUCAGCGAGUUCGUGCUGAAGAAUACAGAACCAAAACAAGCUACUGAGGAAGUGGCUAAAGCUUAUAAUGUGUCUGAUAGUUCAACGAAUGCAACAAGUUCUCCUAGAGAUGCUUCGGACGUAACUAGCAAGGAUGAUCCCCAUCAUAUUGAAAAUGACACUUUGUUUCCAAGUUUAGAUUCAGAUCAGAUCAAAGGCUGCAAAAUCCUAAUGAAUUCAAGAUAUUUACUCCUAAGAAGUGCUUCAUUUCUCAAUCAUGUAGAGGAGCUCUUCGACACAGGCACUCAUGACUCUACAGUCUUUCAAAAUUCAGUUGAUAGUGAAGGGCUUUAUGAUGCUCUUCUCCUCGACUGUGCAAAAGAAAUACUAGAGCGUAAGAGCCUAAGCUGCAGGGGCACGAGAAAUCUUUGGUCACAAAACCUCUUGAGAAGGCCGAAAUACCAUUCAUCUAUAGAGCAGUUGGUAGAGGAGAUAGCUGAUAUCAUUGAAGGUUUGCAAAACUACAGUGAAGUUUGUGGAAAUAUAGUUGUCAUAGACAGCAUAUACCCGAUGCUGGACAAAGACCUAAGGCGGAAUGAAGAGGUGACAGGUGCUUGGGAUUCUGGCUGGAGGAAGGGAUAUGCAAUGGAAGCAGUUGAUGAAGUGAUGCAUGAAGUGGAAGAGCAAGUUUUGAGUGAAAUAGUAGCUGAUGUGAUUACAGAAAUUAUGCAAUAAAUUAUUGAGCUUUUGGUGUAAAAAUUUCAUUAGAUUAAUCAGUACAUAUCCUGACAAAACAUAGAGAUGUAGAGAGUUCUACUAUACAAUUCUAAUGUAUUUACACACAUUGCUGUGAUCUACUUUACACAUAUAUAAACAUUGAAGUGAUAAUUCUACCA